GUUAUCCGGUAUCUGCUGGCAUCCCUGCCCGGGUGCUAAGGCGCAUCCCUCCGCGGCGCUUCUUUCUCUCUCCAGGACGAGGCGGUGUGAGAUCGGCGCCACCAUGUCUGCACACCUGCAGUGGAUGAUCAUCCGCAACAACUCGAGCUUCCUCAUCAAGCGCAACAAGCAGACCUUUAGCACCGAGCCCAACAACCUGAAGGCUCGCAACUCGUUCCGCUACAAUGGACUCAUCCACAAGAAGACGGUGGGGGUGGAGGCGAACCCCAGCGGCAAGGGCGUCGUGCUCGUCACCAAGAGGCGCACGAGUACGUGGGGGGAGGGGCGGGCGUGCGAUUGGUUAAGAGGUGCUGUCGGAUUUUAGAUUUGUGCCAAAAAA